AUGGCCGCUCCCCGACUUUUCCGCCCAGCAUCCCGGCUGCUGUCUUCGCGCCUGACUACCCUUCCUCUGCGCCCGGCUUUUGCUCAGUCUGCUCUGCGCGCUCGCGGUUAUGCCACCGAGGGUGGUGUCAAGGAGGUCACCGUCCGUGAUGCCCUGAACGAGGCGCUUGCGGAGGAGCUGGAGAGCAACGAGAAGACUUUCAUUUUGGGUGAGGAGGUCGCACAGUACAACGGAGCCUACAAGGUGACGCGAGGUCUUCUGGACCGCUUCGGCCCCAAGCGGGUUAUUGAUACCCCCAUUACUGAGGCCGGUUUCACUGGUCUCGCCGUUGGUGCUGCCCUGGCUGGCCUGCACCCUAUUUGCGAGUUCAUGACCUGGAACUUUGCCAUGCAGUCUAUCGAUCAGAUCAUCAACUCUGGCGCCAAGACUCACUACAUGUCCGGUGGUAUCCAGCCCUGCAACAUCACUUUCCGUGGUCCCAACGGUUUCGCCGCCGGUGUCGCCGCUCAGCACUCCCAGGAUUACUCUGCCUGGUACGGCAGCAUUCCCGGUCUGAAGGUUGUCUCCCCCUGGAGCUCUGAGGAUGCCAAGGGUCUGCUCAAGGCUGCUAUCCGCGACCCCAACCCCGUCGUUGUUCUGGAGAACGAGCUUAUGUACGGCCAGGCCUUCCCCAUGAGCGAGGCCGCCCAGAAGAGCGACUUUGUCCUGCCCAUCGGCAAGGCCAAGAUUGAGCGUCCCGGCAAGGACCUGACCAUUGUUUCCCUCUCCCGCUGCGUCGGCCAGUCCCUGAAUGCCGCCGCCGAGCUCAAGCAGAAGUACGGCGUCGAGGCCGAGGUCAUCAACUUGCGUUCCAUCAAGCCCCUCGAUGUUGAGACCAUCAUCGCCUCUCUCAAGAAGACCGGCCGCCUGAUGGCUGUUGAGUCUGGCUACCCCAUGUUCGGUGUUGCCUCUGAGAUCCUGGCUCUGUCCAUGGAGUACGGCUUUGACUACCUGACUGCCCCCGCUGUUCGUGUCACUGGUGCUGAGGUUCCUACUCCUUACGCCCUUGGCCUCGAGAACAUGUCCUUCCCCCAGGAGGACACCAUUGUCAGCCAAGCCGCCAAGCUGCUGCGGGUGUAA